UCCACAAAGCCAUCUGAAAACGAAUACACCAAGAGAAAUAUAAACGAAAGGUAAUAAAGACUGGUAAUAUCUUAAGAAGCUUUUUCUAAAGAGGACUGCAAAUUCAUUAUGGGUUCCAUUGACUGCCAACCUAAAACAUACAGUCAGGGCUGCCCGUCAAGAUAGGAAACGGGCUGAACGAAUAAUAAAAAGCAUUUACCCAAAAGCUUUGGUUUAAUUAUUCAGCACAAAGAUCAGACUAUAUAGAAUAACACUUUUCAUUCAAACUACAUAUAUUACUUUUCCUGAUAAGCUAAACUUACAAAUACCAAACUAUGAAUCGGACACCGAUUUUUUUAAAUAUAAAAUCCAAUUUUGGAGAUUUUUAUAACGUUCAUAAAAAUGAUGACUAUUUUGUGAAAUAAAAUCAAUUUAUAUUUAAAUUGACCAACUAAAGUGAUAAUAAUUGAAACAUUUUAUAUAUUAUGUCAAACUUAACCCAAAUCGUAUCACAAAGACGACAUACAUAUUUGGCUUUUCGUUGUCUUUUAGUAUAUGUAAAUUUAGUAUAUGACUGUUCUUUAGCUAUAGUUUGUUUUGGCCCGAACGAAGUAACAUUUAGUGUGUUUUGUAUUUCGUAGUUUAAGACCUGAAGUAAUAAUAAAAUAAUCGAAUGUGACUUCUUAAUUAAUCGCAAAAAACUUGAAAAUAAUUAAAAAAAAAAAACAGGAACAAGCAUUCUGAACUGCACUAUAAUGUUUCGACGAGUGUUUUGUAUGAUUACAUUCAAGGCUUACAAAUCAUUUGUUCCAUAUACGCUCAUGGAGGCGCCUGGCAAAAUUGUUAUACCUACAUAAUAAGUCGAAUCUGAUUAAUUCCACAGUAGUUCACGUAUUGUACCUAUUGAAUAUUUGUACUCGCCUUACCGUCAUAUUUUGUACAAUUUGCCCGGAAAUUUUGUGAAAACACAGCCCUACAAGUCCUUGGUAAUAAUAACCCACUUAAACCAUUGCUAAAAAUAAUUCCACGACAUUUACACAGCAUUAUCCCAUGGGACCAGUUCGCCAUAUUAGGAGGCACUGGCCACGCUAGAUAAGUUUCAUUAGGCUCGAAUGCCGACCGGUUUCAGGCGGGAAGGUUUAUAAAGUCGGGGUUGGGAGUCCAGGCUUCAUUCCCGAUUCGGCAGCGAGAAUAUUUGGACACAAUGUGGCGUUUGACUGUACUGGUUCUCGCGGCGACUGCCUCAGCUCAAAUACCUUCAUUAGGAUGGUGCCCCGAUUUUCAGUCGAUGGCGAAUUUCAACAUGAACCGGUUCUUGGGUACUUGGUAUGAAGCCGAGCGGUUCUUCACUGUCAGCGAACUUGGUUCUAGAUGCGUGACAACCAAUUAUGUGAGCACUCCUGAAGGAAGAAUCAUUGUAUCCAAUGAAAUCGUCAAUUCUUUAACGGGAAUGAAACGCCUUAUGGAAGGUAGCCUUCAGAUGAUAGGGCGGGAAGGCGAGGGACGCUUCAUGAUUAAGUACUCAUCAUUGCCACUUCCAUACGAGUCCGAGUUCUCAAUCCUGGACACGGACUACGACAACUAUGCGGUGAUGUGGUCAUGCAGCGGCAUAGGGCCAGUUCACACUCAGAACACCUGGCUUCUGACCCGCGAGCGUCUCCCAUCCUUGAUGGCGAUGCAGAACGCCUACGCAGUGCUAGAUCGAUUCAAGAUUUCUAGGACAUUCUUCGUGAAAACCAACCAGGCUGACUGCACGAUCCUACCCGACCCGGUGGCCAUCCCGAUAGAAGCGAAGUCUGCUGAUGUUAUUAAGAACGUAGAUAUUAAAGUUAAAGAGAAAGAGCCCGUCGAGGAUUCGGAUUCUGUUAAGAAGCAAAUAAUCGAUGAAGUCGUGCAAGAACGGUCGGCUGUGCCAGAAAUUUCUAUUGAACCCAAACCCGUACCUGUACCAGAAAUGAUAUUGACAGAGAACGACAAGAAAGGGGAAAAUAUGGAAGAACCUAAAGCGGAAGACAAGGCAGAAGCAGUGGAACCUAAGGCUGUUGAAACCACCACAAUAUAACUCAAUAAAAAUUAAUAAGUGCCUGUGUAUUUUUUGAUGUAAUUUACUGAGCGUCUGAAUAAAAUAUUGUCUUGGAAUAUGCUAUUAGCAGAUUUACUAUUACAUAUAUCGGAUAUUAAUUAGUAUUAUUCUAGCGUCACCUAAAAUCUGUAACGAUUAAAAAUACUUCAAAAAAUUUUCGAGCACUUGUGAAGCGUUA